UCCCCAAUAUAAACGCCCCCGAGAAGAUCAUUUCCACCUUAAACCCUUCCCCUCCCGAAAUCGAAAUAGGGUUUUAGCAGAGGAAGCCGUUCGCAAAGGUCAUCAUCAUGGCCUUCUUGGGUAAAGUCGGCAAUAUCCUUAGGCAGUCUGCAAGCAAGCAAGUAAACACAGAGUUUUCUGCAACAAAAUCAUUUAUAUACCAGACCAUAAGAUGCAUGUCAUCUUCUAAGAUUUUCGUUGGAGGACUGUCAUAUGGAACUGAUCAGCAAGGUUUGACGGAAGCAUUUGCGAAGUAUGGGGAAGUCAUUGAAGCAAGAGUGAUCAUGGAUCGUGAAACUGGUAGGUCAAGAGGAUUUGGCUUUAUCACUUUUACCUCAUCUGAAGAGGCCUCUAGUGCCAUCCAGGCCUUGGAUGGGCAGGAUCUCCACGGUCGAAGAAUAAGGGUGAAUUAUGCUGCUGAUAGGCAGCCACCAAGGUAUAGCUCUGGCUAUGGUGGAGGAAAUGAGGGUGGCGGCUAUGGUGGCGGCGGCUACGGUGGCGGCGGCUAUGGCGGUGGUGGCUACAGUGGCGGCGGCGGCGGUGGCUACGGUGGCAGCGGUGGCGGUGGUUAUGGAGGAGGCAGUUAUGGUGGUGGUAGCUAUGGGAGUGGAGGUGGCGGUGGAGCAUAUGGGAGUGGCGGAGCGUAUGGUAGUGGUGGUGAUUCUUCGGUUGCAGGUGGCGGCGGCGGCAGCAGUGACAACUAUUUUGGCGCAGGCGGGCAAAGCAGCUUUCCUGGUGCUGGAUAUGGGACUGGUGCAGGAGGAUUUGGCGGCGGCGAUCAAGUCGACAGUAGCCAAGGCGAUGGAACGGAGAAUACAGCCGGAGACUUUGGUGAUAAUGUUCCUUUGGAAGGUAAUUCCCGGGACGAAGACGAGGAACCCGACAAUGACUACGCCAAAAGAGCCUGAGUACGCUGAUGUUGGAGUAAACCGGAUUGUGCUUUCUUUGAUAAUUUUAGCUCUUGGUUGCUGUGUAGUUUCAAGAACCUCCAUUCGACCUCUUUUUAUCUCUCUGGAUUUUGACAUCAUUGUUGUUAAGUAAAACCAUAUCGACUCUGCCCGGACUUCCAAUAUUUUUCGAGUCCAAGCCCAUGGCGUUGGUGAGA